GCCUUCCAUUGACGUAAUUCUCCCUAGAUUAGAUUGUCAAACCGGCCUCGCGCUCAGUCGUUGUUGUUAGCUGAUCUUUCCCGCUCCUAAAUGUUUGUUAUCAGCUAAACAUCGAAUUUCUAAAUUUUAACGUUCAAGCAACAUUCCACAAAUUUCGUGUCCCCUCAACCCCCGAAAUCAACAUGUCGAAAGCAGAAGAAGGCGCUGAAACCGCUGACACUGGUGAAAAUUCGAAUGCCUCGUCUUCCGACACGCUGUCAUCCCGCGGAAAAGGCGAAGAUUUCGAGACAAAGCUAGAAACCGACCGCGGAAGACGUUUUGAGUACUUGCUGAAACAGACUGAGAUUUUUUCGCAUUUUAUGAACCAGAGCAAAACCCCGUCGAAACCGAAGUCCGGCCGCCCGAAGAAAGUCAAAGAGGAUCCAGUGGCAGACCAUCGACACAGGAAGACCGAACAGGAGGAAGAUGAGGAGCUGCUGGCUGAGAGCAACACCAAGGCGAAGCCGACGAUUCGGUUCGAGUGUUCGCCGUAUUACAUAAAGAACGGCGAAAUGAGGGACUACCAAAUACGCGGGUUGAAUUGGAUGGUUUCGCUGUAUGAAAAUGGGAUCAAUGGGAUUUUGGCCGACGAGAUGGGGCUGGGGAAAACUCUACAAACGAUCUCUCUGUUAGGAUUUAUGAAGCACUACAAAAAUAUACCGUCGCCGCAUAUUGUCAUUGUGCCAAAAUCAACGUUGGCUAAUUGGAUGAACGAGUUCAAGAAGUGGUGUCCUAGUCUGAGGGCUGUGUGUCUAAUUGGUGAUCAGGAGGCCAGAAACGCUUUCAUUCGAGACGUGAUGAUGCCCGGCGACUGGGACGUCUGCGUCACCUCGUACGAAAUGGUGAUCAAAGAAAAAUCGGUUUUCAAAAAAUUCAACUGGCGCUACAUGGUAAUCGACGAAGCUCACCGAAUCAAAAACGAAAAGUCCAAACUAUCGGAAAUUUUGCGCGAAUUCAAAACGACCAACCGUCUCCUGCUCACCGGUACCCCCCUCCAAAACAACCUCCACGAACUCUGGGCCCUCCUCAACUUCCUGCUGCCCGAUGUCUUCAAUUCCGCCGACGACUUCGACGCUUGGUUCAAUACCAACCAGUGUUUGGGCGACAACCAACUCAUCGAACGUUUACACGCAGUAUUAAAACCGUUUUUGUUAAGACGUCUGAAAUCGGAAGUGGAGAAGAAACUGAAGCCCAAGAAAGAGCUGAAGGUUUACGUGGGUUUGAGUAAGAUGCAGAGGGAGUGGUACACGAAGGUUCUGUUGAAAGAUAUAGAUAUCGUGAACGGUGCCGGGAAAGUAGAGAAGAUGAGGCUACAGAACAUUCUUAUGCAGCUUCGGAAAUGUUCGAAUCAUCCGUACUUGUUUGAUGGUGCUGAACCGGGACCACCGUACACCACUGACGAACACUUGGUGUUCAACUGUGGCAAAAUGGUACUUUUGGAUAAACUUUUACCGAAGUUGAGGGAACAAGAUUCUAGGGUACUUAUAUUUUCGCAAAUGACAAGGAUGUUGGAUAUUUUGGAGGACUAUUGCCAUUGGAGGGGCUACCAGUAUUGUAGGUUAGAUGGACAGACACCUCAUGAAGACAGACAACGCCAGAUUAAUGAGUACAAUGAGCCGGAUAGCAUAAAGUUCAUUUUCAUGUUGUCGACACGAGCAGGUGGAUUGGGUAUUAAUUUAGCUACCGCUGAUGUGGUCAUUAUUUACGAUUCGGACUGGAAUCCCCAAAUGGAUCUGCAAGCUAUGGACAGAGCUCACCGAAUUGGCCAAAAGAAACAAGUCCGGGUUUUCAGGUUCAUCACUGAAAACACCGUUGAAGAAAAAAUCGUGGAGCGAGCAGAAGUGAAACUAAGAUUAGACAAACUGGUCAUACAACAGGGUCGUUUAGUAGACAAUAAAACCCAGUCGUUAAACAAAGACGAAAUGUUGAACAUGAUUCGAUACGGAGCAAAUCAUGUAUUCGCGUCAAAAGACUCGGAAAUAACAGACGAAGACAUCGAUAGCAUUCUGCAAAAGGGUGAAGCAAAGACGGCCGAGCUGAACCAAAGACUAGAAUCUUUAGGAGAAUCCUCCUUAAGAAACUUCACCGUCGACACCCCCACCGAAUCCGUCUACAAGUUCGAGGGUGAAGACUACCGCGAGAAACAAAAGAACGUAGGUCUGUGCACCUGGAUCGAGCCCCCGAAACGUGAACGAAAAGCCAAUUACGCAGUCGACGCCUACUUCCGUGAAGCUCUCCGCGUUUCCGAACCCAAAGCUCCGAAAGCCCCGCGCCCCCCGAAACAACCAAUCGUACAAGAUUUCCAAUUUUUCCCACCCAGAUUAUUCGAACUCCUAGACCAAGAAAUUUACUUCUACCGGAAAACUCUGGGUUACAAAGUCCCCAAGAACUUGGAAUUGGGGCCGGAAGCCACCAAGCAGCAGCGCGAAGAACAAAGAAAAAUCGACGAGUCGGAAACGUUGACGGAAGAGGAGCAAACGGAAAAGGAACAAUUGUUGACCCAGGGGUUCACCAACUGGAGCAAACGCGACUUCAACCAGUUCAUCAAAGCGAACGAAAAGUAUGGACGCGACGACAUCGAAAACAUCGCGAAGGAAGUCGAAGGGAAAACUCCCGAAGAAGUGAUGGAGUACUCCGCCGUGUUUUGGGAAAGGUGCCACGAACUCCAAGACAUCGACAGAAUCAUGGCGCAGAUCGAAAGAGGCGAGACCAAAAUCCAGCGCCGUGCCAGUAUUAAAAGGGCUCUGGAUGCCAAAAUGGCCCGCUAUCGGGCGCCCUUCCACCAACUCAGAAUCGCCUACGGUACUAACAAAGGCAAGAACUACAUGGAAGACGAAGACCGGUUUUUGGUAUGCAUGCUGCACAGGUUGGGCUUCGACAGGGAGAACGUCUACGAGGAGUUGCGGGCGGCUGUGAGGGCGUCUCCGCAGUUCCGCUUCGAUUGGUUCUUGAAAUCCCGCACCGCCAUGGAGUUGCAGAGGCGCUGUAACACUCUGAUCACGCUGAUCGAGAGGGAGAACGCCGAGUUGGAGGAGCGGGAGAGGAACGAGCGGAAGAAGAAGGUGUCCAAAUCGAACACGGUCACCGGGAACUCGACGCAGGUCUCUUCGAAGAGCGGGCAAAAGCGCAAAAAUGACAGUACUGGCGGGGCUGUGGAGAAGAAAAAGAAGAAGAAAUGAGAAUUACUGUUCUUUUAAGUUUUUUACUUGCGUUAUUUUAGGAAAUUUUUGUAUUGUAUGAAAGUUUUGUGAGUGUUGUGGUAUUUAUUAUUGUAAUACGUGUAUUGCAACAAACCUCAAUAAAUUUUAGGCGUACCACGUACAAA